AUGGCUCAUGCGGCGGAGAAGCUGAACGGAGAGCCACCAGCCGAAGACAGAUGUCCGGUCGAGGAGGUGGCGUUGGUGGUGCCAGAAACCGACGACCCCACACUCCCAGUAAUGACAUUCCGUGCAUGGUUCCUUGGCUUGACAUCUUGCACAAUCUUGAUUUUCCUCAACACUUUUUUCAUAUACAGAACACAGCCUUUGACCAUCUCUGCCAUUUUGAUGCAAAUAGCGGCCCUUCCCGUGGGCAAGUUCAUGGCUGCUAUACUGCCCACGAAGCAGUACACUAUAUUGGGAUAUGGAUGGGCAGGGAUGUUGAGAAAAUAUUUGGUUGAUCCUGUACAGAUGUGGUGGCCUUCUAAUCUUGCUCAAGUUUCUUUAUUUAGGGCACUUCAUGAGAAGGAACAUAAAGCAAAUGGCCUUACCAGGAUGCAGUUUUUCCUUAUUUUUAUGGCUGCAAGCUUUGCCUAUUACUUAUUUCCGGGAUAUUUGUUUCCGAUAUUGACAUUCUUCUCUUGGGUAUGUUGGGCGUGGCCUCAUAGUAUCACUACUCAGCAAAUCGGUUCGGGGUACCAUGGACUUGGUGUUGGUGCCUUCACCCUUGAUUGGGCUGGGAUUUCGGCUUAUCAUGGCAGUCCAUUGGUUACACCCUUUUCGUCAAUUCUGAAUGUUGCGAUUGGUUUUGUCAUGUUUAUAUACAUAAUUGUCCCUCUAUGCUACUGGAAGUUCGACACUUUUGAUGCCCGAAAAUUCCCCAUAUUUUCUAAUCAGCUGUUCACUUCCAGUGGGCACAAAUACGAUACUACUAAGAUCUUGACCCCACAAUAUGAUCUUAAUAUUCCGGCUUAUGAGAAAUAUAGCAAGCUCUACCUCAGCCCGCUGUUUGCCCUCUCGAUUGGGUCGGGAUUCGCAAGAUUUACGGCUACCCUCACACACGUGGCAUUGUUUCAUGGCAGUGAUAUUUGGAAGCAAAGUAAAUCUGCUGUGAAGGAUGUGAGCCUCGAUGUUCAUGCAAAACUGAUGAAACGUUACAAGGGAGUUCCUCAGUAUUGGUUCCUUGUUUUAUUAUUAGGGAGCAUUGCACUAUCCCUCAUGAUGUCUUUUAUAUGGAAAGAAGACGUGCAGCUACCUUGGUGGGGUAUGCUCUUUGCAUUUGGUUUGGCUUGGAUCGUCACCCUCCCAAUUGGAGUCAUUCAAGCUACUACCAACCAGCAACCCGGAUAUGACAUAAUUGCUCAGUUCAUCAUCGGGUAUGUCCUUCCUGGGAAACCCAUAGCAAACCUUCUUUUCAAGAUAUAUGGACGUAUCAGUACCAUUCAUGCCCUUUCAUUCUUAGCCGACCUUAAACUCGGGCAUUACAUGAAAAUUCCACCACGAUGCAUGUUCGUAGCUCAGCUGGUGGGAACACUAGUUUCAGGGACAGCCAACCUCGCAGUUGCAUGGUGGAUGUUAGGAAGCAUUGAGAACAUUUGUGAUGUUGAGGCAUUACAUCCUGAGAGUCCAUGGACAUGUCCCAAAUUCCGAGUCACCUUUGAUGCUUCUGUCAUUUGGGGUCUAAUCGGACCUGAGCGGUUGUUUGGAUCCGGGGGAUUGUACAGGAACCUGGUCUGGCUUUUCCUUAUCGGAGCAUUCUUGCCUGUACCCGUUUGGAUACUGAGCAAAAUCUUCCCAGAUAAGAAAUGGAUUCCCUUAAUCAACAUACCAGUUAUAUCUUACGGCUUUGCUGGAAUGCCACCGGCUACUCCCACCAAUAUUGCUAGUUGGAUCAUUACAGGAACCAUCUUCAACUACUUUGUGUUCAAAUAUAGGAAAACAUGGUGGCAGAAAUACAACUAUGUUCUGUCUGCUGCAUUGGAUGCUGGAACAGCAUUCAUGGGAGUUCUACUAUUUUUUGCUCUGCAAAAUGAGGGCAAAAAUUUGAAGUGGUGGGGAUCAGAGCUAGACCAUUGUCCUUUGGCAUCUUGCCCAACUGCUCCAGGGAUUGUGGUUGAAGGGUGCCCUGUUUUCAAGUAG